AUGAGCCCCAAGACUUUGAAGCCUGCCAGCCUUAUUAUAUUCGAGUUUCGCCUUGUACCGGCCCCGGGCAUCCGUCGCGCGGCAUCUGCCAAGAUCUCGAUUCGAUUCUCUUCUGGCUCCGGCUCAGCACCACCACCACAUGUCCGCGCGAUCGCCCCAGAUGGACGGCUCCUGCUUGGCCAUUCUUCGACACCCGAUCAAACUUUCACAACCAUAACGUCGUCUAAUGGUCGGCCAGAGGUCGAAGUGGAGGGCACGAGCCCUCUUGGGGGCGACAACAACAACAACAACGCUGUGGUGUGGACCUUUCGCGAUGUUGCGGACAGCCAAGAUGGGAUGGCAGUAUUCUUCCAAACCGCAUUGCUUGUCGAAAGAGAAUCAGACGAGGUUUUCCACGCCCAAUUACAAUUCGGAACGGUGUCGUUGGGAAUCGCUGCCGUUCGUCGCGAGGAAAGAAGCCAACCCAAACAAAUCAUCCUUGACCCGCAUGCCCCUCCUUUAUCUCUACCAAGUAAAAUUGAUACCAGCAGCAUUGAUGUCGGCAAUCUAGGAAAUGUUGAUAUCUCCUCGCUGAUCAAGUUUCGCAAGCUCGAUUCAACUGCUCUGUAUCCUGUGCGAGAGAUUCUGGACAAUAUUACUUCUGACGCAGGGCAGUCGAGCACGCUGCAGAACAUUGAAUCGCGAUACUAUGAGUUCUGGAGCACACCGUCUACUGUUGCCAUGAUGAGUGAGAAUUCUCUAAGCCAGUCACAGAAACCCACGACGCAGUUAGGAAUCAUACUGCAACAGUCGGAUCAGACCGGCUUGAAUACCAUGGGCGACAUCCGCACACUGCUAGAUAAUGGAUCGCCCAUGCUGCUAGAUUUCUUCGAACUCCCGACGGACUGUUCUUAUGCUCGUUUGACCGAAGGAGGAACAUGCCAGUUCUUCUCAUCGACCACUCAGAGCUUCUGGUCUGUGGUUCUCUACAUCGAGCCAAACACAGCGGGUCGUGAUUCUUUCUGCCGGAUAGCGGUCGUUAUUCAGGCGGAUAAGGCUUUUGACUUCCAACGAGUCCAUACGGCGAUCCGAGGAGCCUCCGAGAUCUAUCCGAUGUUGCUGCCGGUCGAGCUCUACAAAGCGCACGUUGAGUUCACUGCACGAACCUUUGAGAAAAUGCUCCGGACCCUGCGCGAGGUGGAUGCCGGAUUACUUAAGGAGCUGAAGGGAACCAGCAAGCCCGAUGAUGCAAGGCAAUCGCACCGCUUGCUCAGUAAGACGCUGCAUGAAUGUAGUAUGCAACUCGUCGAAUUAGGUCAGAGAUGGAGAUUCGAGAAAGAGUUCGGGGAACGGCUGAAGAAACACACCAGGUCUAAUGAGACAGCCAUGAGGACAAUUGCAAUCCUUGCUGCACUGUCAGAGAGUCGCGAGUUCGACAUGCAGACCCUCCCGUUGAAGGUGGAGAGUCAACGCAACGUGCUCUACGGUCUGAUCGCUCAAUUUGACAAUAAUAUGCAGUCCAGGCUAGCGAGGGAAGCUCUCCGGGAUUCCAAAGCAAUGAAGACGUUAUCAGUCAUCACCAUCGUCUUUCUCCCAGGGGCAUUUGUGGCCACGCUAUUCUCAACGAACAUGUUCGGUUUCCAGAAUAAUCGCCAGGAAGUCUGGAUUUAUUUCGUCAUCAGUGUACCUUUAACCGCAGUCCUAUUGGUUGCGUGGAUUCUCUGGCUGCGAAACACACCCUACGGUAUAGAUGCAGAGGAGAGGGGCGCACUUUUGAGUCAGGCCAAGGAUGACGAAGUGAAGAGAAGGAAGACAGACUGA